AACCAGCAGAAGUUGAGAUCCAAGAGGAAGUCAUGGAGGUCACAGAUCUGGAGCCAGAGCCUGAAGAAAUCCAGUAUACCGAUACGUCAUACACCAGCGCUUCUUUUGAAAGCCUACCUCCUGUUAUUGAAGAACCAAAGCCCAAAAAGAAGAAAGGCAAGAAAAAGGCAGAAGAAGUAGUUGAAGUUGUGAAAAAGACGAGCAGCGAAUUAUUUCAGUGGUCUGAGGAAUCUAUAGUUGGAGAAGAACAGCAGAAAGUGGAAGAAGAAGAACCAGAGACAAAAAAGAAGAAAGGCAAGAAAGGAAAGAAGGAAAAGGAAAAAGAAGAAAUACCCGUUUUCGAAAAGCCAAAAAAUUGGAAAAGUAUGAACAAGAAGGAGAGAGAAGCCUGGAUGCAGGCGAGGAUUGACGAAUGGAGGGCGGAGAAAGAGGCUGAAAAACAAGCAAUUCUAGCAGGUGCUAAAGAAAAACGAGCAAACCUGGCUAGAGAAAGAGCUGAGUUAAUGGCCAAAGAUCACGCGGAACAAGAUAUACGAAGGGACAUACUGGCAAAAACGUGCGCUCUGUUUCAUAAAUUUGAAAAACAGAAAAUCGAUUAUGCCAGGACAAAACAGUUGGAAGCAGAGUGGCAACAAUACCUCCGUUGCGACGGUCUCCCCGAUCCCAGGGUGGUGACACAGAUGAACACAUAUCUUCACCUAUGGAGGAUCAAUUCCAAGUGUGAUGAUGAUGAACUGGAUGUCAGGUGUCGGGAUGCACUGCCGAUGCUGGCAAUGCUGGAAGAGUUUGUGGCUAACUCAAGACAAUAUACGGCUUUACAAGCGCAGUCAUAUAAUGAGGUCCGCCUAGCCCUUCGAGAACAACUAUCGCACGCUAUACAAUGUGCCUCGUACACAAUUCUCCGCGACUUGGAACACAAACUGGUUUGGGAUUCCAUCAGAUUGGCCACUUAUGGGAGAGAAUUUAAUGGAUUACGUUUAAAUAUAUGGGUUGCUAUACCGCUGCCGACGAGAAGAUUGAAGCCGGUUGAACCGGAGAGAGAGCCAGUUGAACUAUCGUUCCCAUCUAUGCGUGUAGGCGUCAAACUACCAAAGAUUAUAGACGGUACGAACGUGUGCGUUCGCGCAGCUAGAUCUAUGGUAGAUCUAUUAAGCGAGAGUUCUAGAUCCUUCGCGUUAGCUGCAGAAAUGCCGAACCGAUAUGAGGACCUCUUCAUAUUCAACGUAAAAGAGCACGUGGCUACUUACAAACUCAAAAAGGAACAAGACGACAUACGGAACAAGUUUUACAAAGAAAUAGGGCAGAAGAUAAAGGAAGUCGAAACAUUUUUAAAGGCUAAUCCAUAUACAAAGAAUGAGAAAGAAAAAGAAGAAUUGGAUAACUUGAACAUGGCCGAGCCGCCGUUCUUGCCCGAUCCUAGAACUUUUAUUGGCGAACAAAAUGAACUCAUCUUUGCGAAAUAUCUGAAAACUUGCAUGACACGCACACGCACCGGUGAAAUCAAUUUGAGGAAAUACAGAAUAUGCAAUGGAGUACUAAAUCUAGACUUGUUAACAACACCGCCUCAACCUAAACGUAUGCUGGGCGGCGUAGUGCUUACUGCAUUACAGCUACCAAAGCAAUUGCAACCGAUGAAGUACCAAGUGCAGUACCGGGCGCCCUCUCCCCCCGCGCCGGGGGUCACGCGCACCCCGGAGGAGAUUGAGGCCGAGCUGAAGAGGAUAGAGGCGGAGUACGAAAAACUGGCGCUCGUGUUUAUUGAAUUACCGCAAGACAUUAUGUGGACGGAGCCGCCGGUCAUGUGCCAGUGGCAGGAACAGAGAAAGCUAUGGACCAGCAACUAUGUGAAUGAUUAUAAAUUCAAUGAGGACAAACUUACCAUACAAUUUAGGACUGGUGUUUUAUGGCCAAUAGGUAUAGCAACAUUACGGUACGGUAACAUGCCGUACCAGGGGUGGGAUCUAAGACCGGAUCCUAAUGGCAAGGGCGUCAUCAUAACCGUCACAGGCGUAUCUAUAACAGUCACAUGGGUGUGUCUCGGAAAUACUGUUAAAUUAAAGUGGAUAGCUAACGCGACCACUUCUGCGUUGAAGCAACACUUCAAUAAGCCGUAUAGCGUUAAAAAGAUGAUACAGAUAAUGCGCGAAGCUGCUUGCGACUUUUUUCCCGACUUUGACGGGCACAACCACGUGGAGGGCACUUGCCCCAAGGAAUGGGUCGCCGAGAGGCAUAACUAUCACGCGAUGGCCUUCCUCUCGAGGGCAUACAACUUUCAGUGGAGUCGCUGGAACGUAUCAGCCGGCAGUCGGAAUAUCAUUAUGCAGUUGCGGGAAGCUGUGGAUAAGAAAAGAGAGGGUAAAUUUCAAUUACUGCACGUAACACCGCAAAAAGCGUGUAUACUGAAAUGCAACGAGCUAUCUCAAGAAUUUAACACGGAUCCUUCUGUUGGUAUGCAGUUUUAUCCAGAUCUAUUCACACUAAACAUGUCAUAUGGUUCAGUGGACGCUCGACGAACAACUUUCAACAUGAAGUAUCGUCUGGUUGAAACUGUCUUUGAAAUGCUCCAAGAGUUGAAAUUGUCGAGUUAUUCGUGAUUUUGGUACAAAAUUGUUGUUAAUAAAUUGUAAAUUUAA